UUGGCUGGUUUCUAUUCUUACUUCGGAUACUCUGUUGAAAAGAAGAAUGAACAAAUAUUCCAUGGAACUGUAAGACAUUCAACAAGUUUGUUGAGUGAUUUAGAGGCACAAUUAUUGGUCAACUCAAUCCAUUUCAGCAUGGAAAAUGUUGCGCCAAACAUGUUACUUGAUGAAGCAUUAGAUCUCGUAAAGGACUAUCAGAGCACACAAAAGAAAGCUCUGGCUGCAAAACCAUAUAUCCAUUUCUAA